AUGCCAAGAGUGUUCCAUGAGCGGGGCAUCCUCUUUGGCUACCGGCAUCCACAGAGCUCCGCCACAGCCUGUGUCCUCAGCCUUUUCCAAAUGACCAAUGAGACCCUCAACAUCUGGACUCACUUGCUGCCCUUCUGGUUCUUUGUGUGGAGGUUUGUGACAGCACUAUAUGUGACAGACAUCCAGAAUGAUACCUAUUCAUGGCCUCUGCUUGUGUACAUGUGUACCAGCUGCGUGUACCCUCUCGCAUCCAGCUGUGCACACACCUUCAGCUGUAUGUCCAAGAAUGCCCGGCACAUCUGCUACUUCCUGGACUAUGGUGCCGUCAACCUCUUCAGCCUGGGCUCAGCCAUCGCCUACUCUGCAUAUACGUUUCCUGAAGCGCUGGUGCAAACCCCCUUCCAUGACUACUACAUAGUGCUGGCYGUGCUGAACACCAUCCUCAGCACCGGCCUUUCCUGCUACUCCAGGUUUCUUGAAAUCCAGAAGCCCCGUCUCUGCAAGGUGCUUCGCGUCCUCGCCUUUGCUUACCCUUACACCUGGGACUCCCUGCCCAUCUUCUACAGGCUCUUCCUGUUCCCAGACGAGGACAUUGAAAAUGAAGCCACCUUGUACCACCAGAAGCACGUUGUCAUGACCCUCCUGGCCUCAGUUUUGUAUUCUGCACACCUGCCCGAGUGCCUGGCCCCUGGAUGCUUUGACUACAUUGGUCACAGCCACCAGCUGUUUCACGUGUGCGUGAUCCUGGCCACACACCUGCAGAUGGAAGCCAUACUUCUGGACAAGACUCUAAGGAAGGAGUGGCUCAUGACCGCCUUCAGGCCCUUCUCUUUCUCUCAGAUAGCUGUAGCCGUAAUGCUGUGCCUCAUCUUCAGCCUCAGCAACAUAAUUUAUUUCUCUGCUGCUCUGUAUCGGAUUCCUGAGCCAGAAUUACAUAAAAAAGAAACAUGA